UUGGAUUGUCGGGAGUUCUCGGAGCGUUCGACGGACACUGGGCAGUGGGCACUUGGGCAGUAGGCACUAGGCAGUAGUGAUUGACUACACUCAGUGACUAGCCAGUAGACUGCCAGUAGACCCGCUCCUGACUUCUCAACGACGUCAGCCGAGGCAAGCUGGCAAGAUGAGGGUCCUAUCACUUGCAUUGUUGUUCCUGUUUGUAAUUGUAUUUAUAGACGAUUCUUCUGCGCAACAGAAAUUACGUAAGCACAAGAAGUAUAAGCCCCGACACCAUCACAAGUUGCAGCACAUCCCUGAGGAGGAGACCCUGCCUGAGUGGAAGGAGGUGGGGAUGGGGAUGGAGAAGCUAGAGGUGCCUCAGGUCCCACAACUGCUCAUCACCAACAAUGUGCCAAUCUCUGAUCCGUGCCUACACAAGCACUGUGGAGCUGGCCGAGUUUGCCAUCUCAGUGAUGAUGGUGAGGCAGAGUGUCUGUGUAUCCCUUCUUGCCCACUGGAACGUGAUCCUCGCAGAAAGGUGUGCACCAACCACAACGAGACCUGGGGUUCGGACUGUGAGGUCUACCAGAUGCAGUGCUACUGUGACGAGGGCAGUGACAAGUGCACCAAGGAGGAAUACCAGCACAUACAGAUAGACUACUACGGCCAGUGUCGCGAGAUGCCGGAGUGCAAGGAGGAUGAGAUGGCAGACUUCCCUCGCCGCAUGAGGGAUUGGCUGUUCAACAUCAUGAGGGACCUGGCUGACCGACAGGAGCUGUCCCCCCACUACCUCAAACUGGAGCGCGAAGCAGAGACUAACCUCACCCGAAGAUGGAGCAACGCAGCGGUGUGGAAGUGGUGUGACCUCGACGGCCACCCACACGACAGGAGCGUUUCUAGACAUGAGUUGUUCCCCAUCAGAGCUCCUCUGAUGUCACUGGAGCACUGCAUCGCUCCGUUCCUCGACCUAUGUGACGUUGAUGACAACCACCGCAUCACGCUCACUGAAUGGGCAAAGUGUCUGGAGCUGGAGGAGGAAGAUCUUGAAGACCGCUGUGAGGUAGUCCGAGGUGAAGAAGAAGAAGAGUAGAACACAUGACUGUAUCCCAUCACUGAACCAUUACAUUUAAGUUAUUUAGUGUAAAAUAAUGAUUCCUUGUAAUAUAAAUUAACAAGUCUUUGUUUUUAAGCUAGUAAAGGUGCUACUAGGUAGUACUUUUAACACUGCCAUUUAUUAUCGAACCUAUAUGUUAAGAUUUGUGUGAAAACAUUUUAACGAAUAAUGACCAAGGUAAUUAUGAUUGUAAAGUCUUUAUCAACAAAAUUUUCUCUUAGCCUACCAUAUUAGUUUUUAGUUAAUUGUUUUUAAUAAACUUAAAUACGUUUAACUAAAAGUAUAUAAAAUGUAUUAUUUUUGCCUUUUUGUUCUAUUUCAAAGACUAUCACUUUUACACCCGCUAAAGUUACUGAGUUUAAUGUUUUU